AUGCCGCCGCCCUCGCCGCCCGAGGCUGUGGCAGAGCGAAAAGACCAGGCGCGACCAUCGGGGUGGUCGCGCGAGGCCCCGCCAGCGAGAUUUCGUCCGUGGGGUGCGCCAAGAUCGCAUGAGUGGCCGCGUGACCAUGAGCGGCCACGCUCGAAAAAGCAUCGUGGCUAUCGCUCGUCGCGUGGCGACCAUGCCUAUUAUGACUACGAUCAAGCAGGCUUGAACCAGAUGCAGGCAUCGCGCUCGUAUAUGCAAGAACAGGAUGCCAAUGUCACAGAGGAUCUAUAUGGUGAGCCGGAAGUGGACGUGAAGCGCACGACGGCCAAGGAGCCCGAGGGACACAUGGACGAGCGUCCCAAUGAGAGUCGGCUCGGUGCCACGGAGAAAGAGGCGCCCCUCGCGUACGACUCUGCAGAGACACACGAUGCCCAAGAUAGCACACCCGUCCCCAAACCUGCCGAGCAGCCGAUCGACUCUGAGGCGCGCGAGUCCCUCGAGGCGUUGCCGCCACCUACCACAGACGGCCCACGCGUCGAGUCAGAGCCAGCGCCGCCUGAGACUUCAGAAGAAAAUGCGAACGUGCCAGCGCCAUCGAAGGAGGCUCCAGAAGAACGCCCCCCUGCAUCUCAGCCGGAGCCUGCCCCGCAAACUGAUGUGCCGAAAGAGCAGGCGCCAGAGCUGCCUGCCGAGUCUCCUCCCACCCAUCCUGAAGAUCCAGCUGCUUUCUCCCCGACAGAGGAUGACGAAACAGAGCGUAUGCAGCGCGUCGUGCAUGCACUGACCCAGCAGUUGGUGCUGCGGUACCCAUGGUCGGAUGCGCACACGCACACGAUUCUGGAAGAAAAUCAUCGAGUCACUGCGUCGCUACGUGUGCCUGCGAUGCUAGGUCUUCAGAAACCAGCUCAGGUGCAGCGGCCUGUGGAGAAAAGCGCUGUCGACGAAUACCUCUACCGCCAGAUCCGCGAGCAAAAAGAGACGCAGCGCAUCAAACUUGUGCAGCUGCGGAACGAGUACCGUGCCAAGCACCAGGCAUGGAGCCAAUACUGUGCAUCGCUGGAUCGCGAGCGUGAGCGCCGUGCUUCGGCGACGUCCACGACGCCGCAGGAUGAGACGCCAGGGAAGGCGUGGAUGCCGACGACGCGCUCUUUCCGACGCGGUGGGCUUGGCUCGAGCGGAUUCGGAGAUGCCGUGCGCUCUGAGGCCGAGUUCCAGGAGAUCUUGGCAUCGCUCGAGAAUGCCGAGAUGCAGGACCCCGUCGCGCGAGCCGCUCGUACAUCGGCGACCGUGCCGGAUAUGUGCCUGGACCCACAGCCCCAGCUCGACGUCGACAAUGGCUAUGUGGCUGACUCGACACGUUUUUACUUUGGCGGCUUCGACCCUGACGUGUGGAGCGAAGAGGAGCGAAACAUCUUUGCGCGGCGCUACGUGUUGUACCCGAAGCAGUUUGGACGCAUCGCCGAAAAGCUACCGCACAAAACGCCGAAUCAGUGUGUUGCUUUCUACUACCUGCACAAGCACUUGGCUGGCUACAAGGCGCUACUAAAUGCGCGUCAUCGUGAGCGCCGCAAAAAGACCAAGUCGAAGCCGAAAAAGUCCAAGGGAAGUGCGCUCAUCACCGAUAUUGCUGCCACGGAAGCCGAGCAGAAGGAGGGAGAGGCAGACGAGGAGCGCUCUGGUAAGCGCCCCUCGGACGAGCCGCCGCCGCGUGCCAAAAAGUCACGCACCAAGCAGCGCGAGUCGUCGCCACCAGCUGAAACCGAGCUGGAGCGCGAUUUGGCCGCAGCCGAGGCACUCGAGGCACUCGCGACGCUCGCGACGCCUGCGCCAGAGCCGAAGAAGCGGCGCUCUGUCGGCACGGACGAGCCCAAGAGCCGCUCGCGUGGACCGCACUGGUCCAUGUCGGAGCGUGCCGAGUUUCUGCGUCUACUCGCCAUCUACGGCAAGGAUUGGAAUGCCCUGGCCGCCGCCUUCCCGGCCAAGACACCCGCACAGACGCGCAACUUUUUCGCACGCCACGCCAGCGAAAGCACCUACUUUCAAGAGGCUGCUGCCCUCGCUCAGCGCCAUGCUACAGAGUCCUGGGAAGAGAAAUCGCGUGCGGCUUUGGCGUUCGUUCAGGCGUGGUACGAUGCCCUGCCCGAGGGCGCGUCGAAGGCCUCUAUCACAUCGUGGCCGAGCCCAUCCAUGCCGCCACCGCCAGCGCCUCGGGAGCUCGUACCGAAGGACGAGCCUGCUCCUACGCCGCCGCCGCAGCAGCAGCAGCAGCCUGCGCAUGCCGAGGCAGCUGACGACGACGAAACGGACGAUGAGGGACAGAGCUCUACGCGGAUCCCCAUGAGGAUGCCAGAUACCCACGUGGCUCGGAUGUCGUACACACCGCCGCCACCGCCACCGACGCCACCGACGCCACGAACGAGUGUCGUGCCCGUCCCGUCAGCGCCACCGUCUAUGUCCUAUGCUGCAUACGGCCCGCCGCGCCCAGUGCAUCAUCCCAUGCACGCCUCUCCAGCAUUGAAUAUGUACUAUCGCGAUGCUGCCUCAUCGCCGACCCCGGGCGCCGUGCCUCGGGCCAUGCCACCACCAGGUAUGUACGGCUACCCCAUGCCCAAGUACCCACCAGCGCCAACCCCACCGUCGCCGUAUAUGCCUGCCUCUGUGCCGCGUAUGCCCAUGCGACCCGGUCCGAACAUGGGCUACUUUCAUCAUACCCGGCAGGACCGAUGGCCUACAUAA